CUUCGAGGAUAACUAGUUUGUAAAAACUGCCGUCGGGAGAGCUGAGAGAAACACACAUGGCAACUCGUAUCAGACCGAGCAGCAAGCGCUGUGCCGUCAUUGGGGGCUCGGGGUUUCUGGGCCGGCACCUCGUGGAGCGGUUAGUGGACCGCGGAUACACCGUGAGUGUGUUCGACAUCAGACAGGCCUAUGAGCUUCCGGGAGUGACGUUUCACCAAGGAGACUUGUGUGACAAACAGGCUUUGCUGUCGGCUUUGAAGGAAGUGUCUAUAGUGUUUCACUGCGCGUCUCCGGCUCCGGGCAGUGACGACCGAGCUCUGUUUCAGAGGGUCAACAUCGACGGCACACGGACGGUCAUACAGGCCUGUCUGGAGGCCGGAGUUCAGAAAUUAAUAUUGACCAGCAGUGCUAGUGUGGUGUUUGAAGGAACCGACAUCAAGAAUGGGAAAGAGGAUUUGCCUUAUGCAAAAAAGCCGAUUGAUUAUUAUACAGCGACCAAAAUCCAGCAGGAGAAGCUGGUGUUGGAGGCCUGCAGUAAAGAGAAGGGUUUCCUCACCGUCGCCAUCCGUCCUCAUGGCAUCUUCGGGCCCCGGGACCCUCAGUUAGUGCCCAUCCUGGUGGAUUCGGCCCGCAGGGGAAAGAUGAAGUUCAUCAUCGGAGACGGAUCCAAUCUUGUGGACUUCACCUAUGUGGAGAAUGUGGUUCAUGGGCAUAUCUUGGCCGCUGAACACCUCAAGGCUGACUCUCCGCUCUGCGCUCAGGCUUACCACAUAACGAAUGACGAGCCGGUGCGCUUCUGGGACUUCCUGUCGCAGGUUCUGGUGGGUCUGGGCUACAGCGCUCCUCGGCUCCACCUGCCCUACACACUGGUGUACGUGCUAUCUCUGCUUCUGUGGCUGAUGGUGUUAGUGCUGCGCCCGCUCAUCCAGAUCAAGCCCACCUUCACCCCGAUGCGAGUCGCUCUGGCCGGCACACACCACUACUACAGCUGCGCUCGGGCCAAGCAGGACAUGGGUUACCGGCCCGCGGUAAGCCUGCAGGAGGCCAUCGCGCGCACCGUGGAGAGCUACCCACAUCUGCGCCGCGGGGCGUAGCGGCGUUCGAGCACCUGUGGGAUUACCACCGUUAA